AUUUUUACUUUUUUAAUAUCUGAUCUUUUUCCCUUAUCGCAAUGCCACCUAAAAAAUCACAAUAUACAAUCAAAUACAAGGAUCAUGAAAUCCAACCUGAGAAUUUCAGCACUGGGUACGAGCAGAAAAGAAACAAAAACGGCGACGCAGUGUUUAAGAAAGGGAAGCCAGUUCUUGUUCCGGUUAGAAAGCGGCUCGCACAGCCAGACGAUGUGCAAACUGCACAUGCGAGCGAUGAAAAACGAUUUCGCACUGAGACCUCUUCUAGACCUACGACAAGUCAAGAUGCGAGUGCGUGGGAUGAUUAUGCAGAGGAGUAUGACGUUGGUGACGAUGAUGAAAUGAAUAUUCCUCUUACUUCGCCACCCACACGUACCAAUCAAGGCCGCGUAGAGAGAGUCAAGGAAGCUUGGGGAGAACUAAUGCCAAAGCUUACUCAAGCUUAUAUUGCCUGUUUUGAGGGCGACGGUCCACAGUACAAAGCGACAAACCUCAACACCGCAGUAGAACCUUGUAAUGGAUGUGCCAAACCUAAAAUGGUGACGCGUAACGUUGAUUGCGUGUACAUGACUGGUAUACAAAAGGGAACGCUCAUUUAUUGCAAACAAUGUUAUCCCGAUGAACCAGUAUACCUUAUGAGGCAUCAUUUGCUUGCAGCAACACCCACGCAGCCAGAAAUGGCGUUUCACCUCUAUGUUUUGGAGUUUUACGCCACGCUUCGAGGGUUUGGACAGACAGCUGUCCAAGCAUUUGGAAGCACCGUAUCUCACGUUCAUGAUUUCCAUAAAGAUGAAACGUUGCGUAAAAAUCUCGGCCAUGCGUUCUUUAAGUAUUUAGAGAUUGCCACGCUAGUAGAAGAAGAACUGGUAUCGGAAAAUGAAUGGGCAAAAGAAGAAUACGGAUGUCCUGCGUGUCCUCCAAAUCGAAUGUUUAUCGCUAUCGAUGGCAAUAUGCAGCUUAAACGUUAUAAAGCAAAUGAGCACGACAAAGAAAAGUAUGUCGAGAAACGGUAUUUUUCCGCUGACGAGCAUCAAGCCAAGUAUGACGAUCAUACCAUCCGUGAAGGAGUUAGUGAUGCAUCACGUAACUGUGACAGCAGUUUUAAAGCAACCGCAAACGCUUCUCGCGGUGAUCCCCUCUGUCAUGAAAGUGGUUUAGUAGGAGCUAUCUGCGCUCGACAUGAUAUUCCUUUAGAAUUCACAAAUAUAUUUGAAUCUGGAGAAAAAUUCAAGUAUGCCCUUGCCAUCAUUGACGUCUUAUUGCAAAAGCCAGGCGUGAAAAUUGAGGCAUUGAUGUAUGACAUCGCUUGUCGAAUCAAAUCAGCCAUACGAAGCAAUUUUCCCGAGCUCAGGGACAAAAAUAACACGAAGAUCGCAGUUAGCGUUUUUCACGCGUAUGCACAUUCGAUGAAGUGUCAAGUCGACUAUAACCCACGUUAUGUCAAAGGGCUUGGCUUGACCGAUGGAGAGGGCAUGGAGCGACUUUGGUCGUAUUUGGGACAGUUCGUUUCCAUCACUCGACCAAUGAGCGCAAAAAACAGAGUUCUGACGCUUUGUCAUGCGAUAUCACACUUCAAGCAAAUUCGUGUUUCGACUUUACGUAAGUUUUUUCUGUAAAAAAAAGUAUCUAUUUGCUUCAUCAGCGAUAAACCUAUCA